AGACAGACAGUUAAACAGACAGACAGACAGGCAGUUAAACAGACAGACAGUUCUCUGAAGCGGCUCGUUCAGCAUGGCGGGAAAAGUUCAUAAACAAACAAGAUGGCGUCACAGCGGGACGUUACAGGACAUCACGGAGUUCACCUUCAUGAAGAAGACUGAGUGUGAUUGAUCGACCUUCAGACUUCCUUCGUUGAUCGAUGAUUUGCCGGUUGACCUUUGACCUUCAUCAGCGAUGGUGUACACGGUAGCUGAGACGGCUUCAGUGAGCUGGAGUAAAAAUAACAGACGUCACGCUGAGCGCUAACCCUCAUCAUCAGAGAUCCUCUCGUCCAAUCAGAGUGCUUCACGGCUCGCCGCCUGCCUCCUGAGUUGUGGUCGAGGACUCCUGGUUCCACUGAGACGGACAGACGAGGACGGAGAAGAGGAGGAAGAGGAGGAAGGAGGGCUGAAGGCUGCUCCUCCUCACGGUGACUCAGCAGGUCUGCAGCUUUAUAAAGAGCCGGCGAUGCUCGGUCCGUCACCACGGAGACGAUGGCCUGGCUGCUCCGCAUCACCUGCAUCCUGGUCUGCUGCCUGGAGCUGCUGCAGGGCAAAGCUUCAGAGUACCAGCUGGAGUCAGAGAGCCUGAGUCAAUGUGAGUUGCUAAGGGGCGUGGCUGUUGCCAAGCAGAGCGGUGACGUCCCUCAGUGUACGGAGGACGGCAGGUUCAGGCCCGUGCAGUGCAGUGGGCGGGGUCACGAGUGUUGGUGUGUCGAUGCUGAAGGUCAGGAGGUCGCCGGGACUCGAACCAACAGCUCUGCUCCUCACUGUGCGUCUCCCUGCCGUCUUCAGUCCGUCCUGCGGUGUUCUCUGUCUGGACUCUUUGAGUCGGUCCAGUGUGACUCCAGCAGGGGGCAGUGUUGGUGUGUGGAUCAGGACGGCAUGGAGCUGUACGGAACCAGACAGAGCGGGUCGCCUCUGCGCUGUCCUGGCAGCUGUGAGGUGAGGUCACGGCGCCUCCUCCACGCCUCCGCGUCUCACUCUCCUCCUCAGUGCGCCGAAGACGGGAGCUUCCUUCCUGUUCAGUGUCGCUUCAUCAACAUGACGGACAGAACCGAGGUGGACCUGCUGCACGCCUUCAACAGGUUCCCAGAAUCCUUUGAGACGUUCAGCAGCUUCAGAAAGUUCUUCCCGACAGUUUCCUCCUUCUGUUUCUGUUCAGACAGCCGAGGCCGCGAGCUGGACAACACAGGUGUGGAGCUCCUCCUGUCUCAGGUGUACGACUCGGCGUUCUCCAGUCUUCAGUCCACUCGCUCCGUCUCUCAGACCAACAUCUACAGAGUCUUACAGAGGAGGAUGCUGGGAGUCCGCCUCGCCGUCACCGGACACUUCAGAUGUCCGUCUCCCUGUGAGGAGGAGCGGCGGGCGGCGAUGGAGGCGUCCAGUGUUUUCAUCCCGUCCUGUGAGACCAGAGGGUCCUUCACCUCCAGACAGUGCCAGCAGGGGGGGCAGUGCUGGUGUGUCGAUCCCACAGGGAGGGAGCUUCCUGGGACACGUCAGCACGGAGACUCCCUGGUCUGCGGUUCUGGUCCUGUUGACUGUCUCUCUCAGCGCCGCCUGGCUCUGUCCCGCCUCUUCUCUGGUCCUGUUGAUCCUCCUAACCGGGCCUCCUCCGGCACGUCUCCCUCCUCCAGUCUCUCCCUUGUCCGGCCUCUUAAGGAUCUCCUGCCGGUGGAGGCGGACCCGAUCUCCUUCCUGUCUCACCUGGUUGAAGUCCUCCAUGGUCUCUUCCCCUCGGUGGGCGGGGCUCUGCAGGCCCUGGCCCGCUCCUCCCCUCGUCGCCUCCAGGAGAACCUGUUUGGAGGGAAGUUCCUGAAGAACGCUGCCUCCUUUAACUUCAGCGGGGCGGUGGGACAGCGAGGAGCCCUCGGCCUGGACCGCCUCUCCUCUCAGACCGCCAGCCUCCAGAAGAACCGGGAGCUGGUCCAGUCUGUCAGCAGAGCUCUGGAGGACCCCGCCUUCCUGUCCGCCCUCCAACAAACACUGAGGGGACUGAGCAGCUCACAGUCAGUGGACGAGGCUCUGGCUCCGGACAGCGAGGACGACCCGGCAGCCGUCUUCAUCCCGAGCUGCACGCUCAGCGGCGGUUUCCAGGAGGUUCAGUGCGGCGGUGCAGAGUGCUGGUGCGUGGAUCCUCGGGGUCAGGAGGUCGAGGGGUCGCGUGCGGCCGGCCGGCGGCCUCGAUGUCCGUCCCGCUGCGAGAGAGAGCGAGCCACGGCUCUGAAGGUGAGAGGAAACAUGGCGGCCGGCGCCGAAAUCCACAUCCCAGCAUGCUCUGAGGACGGAGACUUCCUGCCGCUGCAGUGUGUCGGAUCACGCUGCUUCUGCGUGGACGGCGAGGGGAAACGGAUGCUGAGCGGAUCAGCAGGGGGCGCCAUCACCUGUGUGGACAGGUGGACCGCGAAGCGUCCGCCAUCAGCAGGUCGCUGCUCGGAGGCAUUGGCUGAGGUCACGGCGUUCAGACAGGAAGUGAAGCGCAUCGUCACUCUCUCUAACUCCUCCCACCUCCCUCUGGGAUACGGAUUCCUAUUGGCCGAAGGUCUGCGCCUGACCCCGGAGGAGCUCCAGACCAGCCAAUCAGAGGAGGAGCUGCAGAUCUCUGACAGGCUGCUGAGCCGCUCCAACGCUGCUCUGCGAUUGGCUGCCUUCUCCACUGUCCAGAUGUUUCUGCCUCGUCAGCAUCGGUCGUAUCAGCUGUUCACUCCACAGUGUGACGCUGACGGAGGCUGGCUGCACACACAGUGUUACCACAGCACAGGUCAGUGUUGGUGUGUCGAUGAAGACGGACAGUACAUCGCGGACUCACUGACCAGCCGCUCACUGCACCUGCCCAGAUGUCUGUCUCUCUGUCAGAGGUCUCGGGCUCACACUCUGCUCUCUGGUUGGAUGAAAGGAUCUGACAUCAGCACGACAUCAUCACCUGACAACCCCCAGUGUGAGGAGGAUGGUAGUUUCUCUGUGUUGCAGACAGGGGGCGCUGCAGGUCGCUGUGUGAACCGUCUGACCGGAGAGACGAUCCAGGCGGCCACACUGAACCCUGACGGACAGCUGACAUGUCCCAGCUCGUGUGAGCUGCGGGGUUUCCAGUGCCGCCCCGACGGCUCCUUCCUCCCGCUGCAGUGUGAUGUCACUUCCUGUUGGUGUGUCUCAGAGGACGGACAGGAAGUGGGCGGGACCCGGACGCCUCGACAGACAGGACGGACGCCGUCAUGUGACCGUCCUCUUUGCCCCGCCCCCACCGUUUCCCAUGGUGCACUGGUGUGUCACCCAGCAGCCGGCGGGCGUCAGAGCUGUGAUCUCGUCUGUCACCGUGGUUACCAGAACUCACUUCCUGUCAGCAGCUUCCUGUGUGAUCCCGAGAGUCUGCGCUGGGACGGCGCCCAGCCGCUGGGCGGAGCCUGUCAGAUGUCUCGGCCUCUCCAGUCGGUGUCGUCCUCGCAGCUCUGGGCGUCUUCGUCCUCGUCGUGCUCUCAGAUCAGCCGUCUACAGACUCUGCUGUUCAACAUGAUGACCAGCAGGGGGCUCUGCUCUGCACAGCUUCCCGCCUCGGCUCACUCGGUGUCUCUGUGUGACGACUCGUCGGUUCGUCUGCGAUGUGACGACGGCGCAGACUCUCUGAAGUUAACGAUCAGGUGGACCGCCCACCUGUCCGACCUGCCGACCUCUGACCUCCCCGACCUGCACGACGUUGGCGUGUUUCUGAACCGGUCCGGACUCCUGGACGGCGUUCAGGGACUUCUGGGUAACAUCCGGUCUGAGCUCACAUCAGAACCCAAACUGGUUUCCAUGGAGACGGCGGUCUUUGGCUGUUCCCGUGGUUACCGUCUGUCCGGUGACGGGGAAGGCUGCGUCGUUUGUCCACCUGGGAGCUUCUCCUCGGAGGGGGCGUGUCUUCUGUGUCCUGAAGGAACCUAUCAGGAUGAAGAGGGGCGGGACUUCUGCGACAGGUGUCCCAGAGGCUCCUCCCCUGCUGGAGCAUCGUCCGUCAAUCAAUGUGUGACAGAGUGUCAGAGGCGGGGCCUGCGGUGUUCAGAGCGAGGCGACUUCCUGUCAGCGCAGCCCGACCUCCUGUCCGGCAGGUGGAGGUGUGUCGACAGCGAGGGGGUGGAGCUCGACUGGACCGACAGCGACAGGCCACUGACUGAUGAUGAGUGCUCAGUCCUCAGCAGGUUUCAGGCUGUUCCUGGAUCAGAUCUGAUCGUCGGUGCUGAAGACGCUGAAGUCCUGCAGACGAUGACCUCUGACCUCACCACCUGCGUCCACGCCUGUGCAGUGAAGCCGUCCUGUCACCAUGUGGCGCUGUUCAACUCUCAGUGUGAAUUGUACAGCACACACACACUGAACACACACUGCAACACCCCCCAACAGACCAAAGGGUUUCUGGGUAAUCCUCAGGCCGAGCUGUUUGAUUGGCUGAGCUGCUCUCUGAGAGUGAGGGGCGGAGCUUCAGGUCAGCUGGUCAUCAGGAAGAAAGGGGCGGAGUCUCCCUCUGGUCUGAGGAUGAUGAAGGCUCUCUCAGGUGUGUUCAGGACUCAGGUGUUCUCUGGGCGGACCUCUCUGUCCGACGCUCAUCGUUUCUGUCAGGACGGCUGCAGACGUGACGCGUGCUGCGAUGGCUUCAUCCUGAACCAGAACACGCUGAACGGAGGUUCUCUGCUCUGUGGUUGGCUGAGAGCUCCGUCUGUCUUGAUGUGCGGGGACCAGGACUGGGACAUGAUUGGACAGGGAGCGGCCAAUCGAAUCUGCGGGGCGGGGCUAACGUACAAUGAGCAGCAGAAGAACUUCCUGUUCGACUUCGGAGGACAAACGUUCGCCAUCACUGACUCAGCUCUGCCGCCAGACAGCAAGAACAAGAAGGACUAUCAGGCGUCCAUCGUCAGCUUCCAGAGAGUCUACCUGAACACAGACGCUGAGUCAGCAGCCGGUGGAUCUACUUCCUCUUCCUGUCCAGCAGCAGAACCCGCUCCACCUGAGGACGUGUCGGUGCGGCUGAAGUUCAAGCCUCUGUCCGAGGGUGACGUCGUCGUGGAUACUAACAGGAAGCUCCCCUCGCUCUCCUUCUGGCUCAACAAGAACAACUACGACUCCCAGCAGGCCUUGCUGUGGUGUCUGUCACGCUGCGACGCGGAGCCGCUGUGCUCCGUGGCGGACCUCCGAGACGCUGACUCAGCAGGUUUCUUCAGCUGCUCGCUGCUUCCUGACAGCAGAGUGUGCGGCGCCUACGACAAGCCGCUGAGACGAGCAUGCCGGCCCCUGCUGGACACCAGGCCCAACAACACCUACAGCAAGAAGGUGGAUCUGUCUGGACCUGUCAAGAGUUUCUACGAGAGAGUUUCCUUCCAGAAGAUGGUUUCUUAUUCUGUACGCAACCGAGUCAGCGUGGCGGGAAACACACUGCUGUCUGAGGGGUUCAUGGAGUGUGAGCGGCGCUGUGACGAGGAUCCUUGUUGCCGUGGUAUCGGCUUCGUCCGGGACACCGCAUCGACAGGUGGCUCAGGUGUGGUGUGUCUGUCUCUGAUCAGUCUCGGGGUUCAGACCUGCGGUGAGGACACGACCACGUGGAGGACUCAGGACUGCAGACCGUCUGCAGUGAAGACCACACCGGACCCGUUUGGAUGGUACCAGAAACCAGUGAAUCAGUGGACUUCAGCUGCUGCUCUGUGUCCUCCAUUCAACCUGCCACCAACCACAAACAACGUGUCUCUCGAUCAUUGGACGGCGCUCUCUGACUCAUCAUUCCUCGUCGACCCGUCUGUCUCCACGUAUGAUGUCAUCCACGUGAGCCGUGACAUCGCCACUGACCGCGGCGAGACCAGGGAUUGGUGUCUCCAUGCCUGUCAGGAGGCGGAGUCUUGUGUUGCCGUGACGAUCAGUGAGGUGGAGUCCGCCACUCGCUGCGUCCUCUACCCCGACACCACAGCCUGCGGGUUAAGCUCCGCCCCCAGCUCAUCCAGCCACACCUCCUCCUGCAGACUGGUCAUCAGAGAGCCCGCCCCCCAGGUGUACCUGAGGACAGCGCGGUUGCCAUUGGUUACGGCCGUCUCCAUCCCGGGACACGGGACGCUGCACGGCGUCGCCGUGGAAACAGCCCUGGGCUCAGACAGGAAGACGGUCGUUCAGUUCCUGGGAGUCCCGUACGCCCGUCCACCAAUCGGAUCACUCCGCUUUGAAGCUGCUCAACCAGCUGAUUGGACGGGAACCUGGGACGCCACCAAACCCCGUCCCAGCUGUGUUCAGCCUGGUGAUGUCGACUCUUCAGCGUCCAAUGAGGACUGUCUGUACCUGAACGUCUUCACACCUGCUGCUCAGAGGGGGCGUGUCCCAGUCUUGGUUUACUUCUUCAACCCUUCGGCCAAUCAGAACCCGGGACUAUUGGACGGCUCCGCCCUCGCUGCCGUGGGUAAUAUCGUCGUGGUAACGGCCAGCUACAGAACCGCGGCGCUGGGAUUCCUCAGUACCGGCGUCUCGGGUUCGUCUGGUCUCCACGGUAACUACGGCCUGUCGGACCAGGAGGCGGUGCUUCGCUGGGUUCAUGCCCACAUCUCACUGGUGGGCGGAGACAGCGGGAGAGUGACGGUUGGGGCGGAGCGGGGUGGCGCUGACAUCACCAGCCUCCACCUGCUCUCCUCCUCGUCUUCCUCUCGUCUCCUGUUCCAGCGAAUGAUGCUGAUGGGCGGUUCUGUGUUCUCCCCGUCACUGGUUCAGACUCCGCCCACCUCCAGGCGACAGGCCAUCGCUCUCGCCAAAGAGCUCGGCUGCGUGACCUCCGACCUCGACGACGGCAAGCUGGCCGCCUGCCUCAGAGCGGCGCCGGUUGGCGCUCUGAACGCCGCUCAGACGAAGCUGCUCGCCGUCACUGGUCCGUUUCAGUCGUGGUCGCCGCUCCGUCCGUCCGUCUCUCAGCCGUCGCUCCGCAGAGUCGACCUGCUGCUCGGGACAUCAGAACACGACGGGCUGCUGGGCCGGGCUCGCCGGAUCAAGGACUUCGAGGCUCUGCAGGGUCGGGCUGACGGUAAGACGGCGUUCUACGAGGCUCUCAGCCGCUCGCUGGGCGGAGCGACAGGAAGUGACGUGCUGAAGGAGGCGGCGGCCUGGUUCUAUUCUCUGGAUCACAGCCCGUCGGCCGCAGGAUACAACCUGUUCUCCAGAGCGCUCAACAACGCCACCAGGGAUCUGUUCAUCAUCUGUCCCGCCCUGCAGAUGGCCAGCCACUGGGCUAACAGCAAAGCGAACAUCUUCCUGUACCACCAACCGGCCGCCAGCGCUCACGACAGGGCCGAGCCGUCAGUUCCUCUGGACCUUCAGUUUGUCUUCGGGACCCCUUAUCAUCCAAUGAGCUCUCAGCGUUUCACCUCCUCCGAUCGACGCCUCUCUCUGGCCAUGAUGACCUACGUCUCCAGCUUCGCCCGGACCGGGAACCCGAACCCAUCCCGUGUGUGGGCGGAGUCAAUUCUGCCCCGCUGGCAGCAGGUCCUGUCCUCUGAAGCUCCGCCCACCUACCUGGAGCUAAGUCCCGCCCUCCAAAAUCGUCAGGGUCUGAGUCAGAGCGCCUGCUCUUUCUGGAGCCAACUGGGACCAAAACUGACCGGACAGACAGGUGAUUUGGGGGCGGAGCCUGCGUUGACUGCUGAGCUCCCAGUUGCUUCACCGUCCAACCAAUCACAGACGGAGAAAGAUGCCUACAGUUAAACUCAUGACAUCAUCAUCCUUUCUUAAUGACAUCACAGUUUGUUGUCUUAAUGAUCAAUAAAAAGCAUUUA